CGGGGGGGAGGUCAGCAGCCGUCUCAGCUUGAGGAGCGCACCCAUGUGCGUCCAGGUGCUUUCAAAGCGGGCCUUCAAGAUCGGCUCCUGCGCCACCAUCUUUGCCUCAGGACUGCUGUAUGCUGCUGUCGACAAGCGGAUCGCGCCGUCGCUGGCAGACCUGGCAGCCUUCGGGUCCCUCCUCGAGGCCCAGGAGACCCUCGCCCACGGGCAGGGCAGCCGCGCCGCGCACCGGGAAGGCCCGCCGAGCACUCCGGGGCGGCACGGCGCGGUGGGCCAGCCCCCGCUCCGGCACGCCCCAGCGGGCAGCGGGCGUGCCAUACCGCCGCAGUUGGUGCUGACCGCGAAGCACGGCUCCCUGGAGGAGAUGCCGCCGGCGGUGCAGGAGAACGUCCGCCGAACGCUGGCGCUGAACCCCGAGCUGCGGGCGCGCUGGCUUGGCGACGAGGCCUGCGGCGACUUCCUCCGCGCCAACUUCGGGGGCGCGCUGUUGGCCGCGUUCCGCGGCGAGCGCCGCGGGAGCUACCGGGGGGACAUCUGCCGGUCCGCGGUGCUGGCGUUGGAGGGUGGUUUCUACGUGGACUUGGACGUGGAGAUGCGCGUGCCCUUCCCGAGGGACGAAGCCAGCGAGGACGGCGGGGUGCUCAACGCCCUCCUCGCGGCCACGCCCGGCAGCGAGGUGAUGCGGGCCGUGCUCGCCGCCAUCGAGGGGUGGUACGGGGGCCGCCGUCAGGACCGCGAGGACGCCUCUGGCUGGAUGGGCCCGGCCACGCUGCUGCGUGCGUUGCGGGACGUUGCCGCCCGCGACUGCCCCGCGGUGGACUUCAGCGACGGCGCGCGGCUGCAGCGCGCGUGCGGGCCGCGCAACCAGGUGCGGCUCUACCAGGAGCGGAAGCUGCGAUGCUUCGGGGGCGUGCGCGCCCGCGAGAGCCUUGAGGAGUGCCCGCGGGAGCGGAGGGAGUUCGAGGGCCUGCAGUUCGGCAUCUUCGAGCCUGGGCCGGGGAGGACCUUGGUGGUCGGGCGGGUGAAACCGGGGGCCGUCGUGGUCGCGCCGAUGAGCUGCAACCGCGUCGGCUCAAGUCUUUUGCUGGAGGGAGAGGCCCUCGCCCGGAUGCGCUUCCGCGGCUCCGGGUGCGGCCUCCCGCUCGCGAGCAACGCCAUUCUGCUGCUCCUGGCUCGCUGGUGGUUGCAGCCGUCGGCGCCCGCGGCACCGGAGGCGCCUGCCGCGCCUCCGCAGGCGGCAGCGCCGCCCCCGCUCUUCGAGGCGGGCCCUCUCUCGGCGCCGGGAGAGGCCGCGGGGGUGCAGGUGCUGCUGGCCGACUGCCUGGCGGCCGCCUCGGGCGCGAGGGAGGCGGCCCGCGCCUGCCCCUCGCCGUGCCCGCCCUGCCGCCCCUUGCGAGGCGGAGGGCGGGCAGCGGCCUUCCCUGGCUCGGGGGAGGCGGCGCUGUGCAGUUUCCUGCUGCUUGCCUCCGAGCGGGUGCGCUGGGGGCUCACGCUCGUCGGGGCGGCGGCGCGCCUCUCUUGCCGGGGCCGCGCCAGGCGGCCCGCCAUCGGGGGCGACCCCAACCUGAGCGCGCAGCGGCCUGUGCGCUGGGUGCCGCGAAGCUCGGCGAGCGCGACCAGGCCGCUGGUGCAGGCGCUCCUGCUGCUGCCCCUGCUCCUGGUGCUGCUGCAGACGGCGGUGCGCUCGCCAUGUUGGUUGCUGGCGGUGGCGGAGGCUCCUUGGCAGGCGGCAUCGCCGCAGGCGCUCCCAUGGCCGCUGAUGGCGCCGCCGCGGCCGCCCCCGCCCCCGCAGCUGCCGCUGGCGCGGCGGCUGCGCCUGCCGCAGCUGGUGGGCUUGCUGGGCUGGCGGCGCUGGUGGCUGGGUCCCCUGGUGGACAUGCUAAUGGUGAAGCUGUGGCAGGGCCCGCAGCCCACGACGGUGGAGGCGGCGGGCCAGGCGGCGCUGGGCGCUGGAGCGGCCGCAGGCGACCCGAUCGUCCCGAUGCAUCACGAGUUCUCGGAGAUCAUGCAGGUGGCCCAGUCGUACGAUCAACUGGAUGGGUCGAACUUGGCGUCGAUGGAGCUCGCGGCGAGGCAGCUCCAGCUUUGUGAAGAAAGGUACAAGGACAAGCUGGUGUGCUCGCGGGCCCUCGGCAACGGCGGCGACGAGCAGUUCUUCUUCACAGGGAUGCAGUCCACGCGUGGGCUCAUGGCGUCGCCCGCCCUGUCUGGGUGGAUCUCGAAGCAGCUGGUUGCUGAGUCGGCCAUCGCGAAGGAGCGCCGCGAGGCGCGCGAGGAGCGGCAGCUGCUCCACCCGCACGCUGGUGGCCGAGGCGGUGGACAAGGCGGCGGCUCGGGCAAGGCUGGCAAGUCAUAG